AUGCACUGCGCCUCCUACUCCGGCUGCAGCCACUUUUCUUUCCACUUGGACUCUGGAGAAUGCACUCUCUGGUCUUCCUUCAACACCUACUCCUCCGGCUCCUCCACCCAGGGCCUCGUCUCCGGUCCCGCCUUCUGCGACUCCGAGGAGAUUUGCUUCGAGCAGUCGGACUACGUGGGCCACAACGUGGAGGAGGACGAGAGCGGCGAAGUUGCUUCUGCUGCUGCUUGCCAACUCCGCUGCAGAGAAAACCCAGACUGCCACUUCUGGACUUGGCUACGCAGCAGCAAAGGCUGCUACUUGAAGGACGCAAAUGCGCUUCUCGGCCGCACCAACGACGCCUCCUCCCUCGGCAGGUUCUCCGGGCCCAAGUGGUGCACCGUCAGCUACGGGUGCAUCUACGCAAACGCAGUGUACAGCGGAACUGCGCUGCAAAGUCUGGAAGCAGAAGACUACGCGAGCUGCGGGGCCAGCUGUGGGGCGAAUCCGUUUUGCUCGGCCUGGACUUUCCACCCCGACUUGAAUCUUUGUUCUCUUUUUUCCGGCUCUGUCACUCUUUCCAAAAAGCCAGUCCGCGGGGCCCUCUCUGCUGAGAAGGACUGCCUCAAGGAAAGCCAGGAAGAGACCAGCUGCUUCGAACAGGGAAUCCAGUACGCCCUCGACAAGGUCGUCAAGGUAACCUGCAGCAGCAGCACCAGCAGCAGCAGCAGCAACAGCAGCAGCAGCAACAGCAGUAGCAGUAUCAGUAGAACCCGAUACUGUACUGCAGCUGCGGCAGCAUUAGCAGCUGCAGCAGCAGCAGUAACAGCGCGGACAAACACUGCAGCAGAAGCAGCAGCAGCGCCAACAGACCCUGCAGCAGCAGCAGCAGCAGCAGCAGGAGCAGCAGCAGGAGGAGGGUUUGUGUGUGUGUUUCAGAUUGGAGAGGCGUCUUCGGCGUUUGAGUGCUACCUGCAGUGCCAGCAGGAGUCGAGCUGCAACAGGUGGACUUUGAAGAACGGGGAGAGCUGCGUGCUGCUGGGCGACAGCAGCAGCAGCAGAAGCAGCAGCAGCAUGGUGUUUGACCCGCUGAGCGUGUCGGGGCCCCGCGUCUGCGGCAGCCAAGUACCCCUCGCCCGCGCCGUCAGCAGCGAGGGGGCCCCCCUGGCCUCGGCCACAGUCUUUUCGCCGCAGGGCUGUUUGCAGCGGUGCAUGCAGACCCCGCAGUGUGAGAACUGGAGUUUCUUGCUGGGGGCCCCCACGAACUGUUUGCUGUUCGACAAAACUGCCACUUUUGAGCCUGGAAAUGCCAUUUCUGGCACGCUUCCCAGGGCCUUUCUGGCCUCUGCAUGCAGCUUCGAAAAUGCACAAGUCCUCGGAACUGCUGCAGUGGCUUCAGCAGCAGAGUGCGCAGCAGACUGCCGCGCGCACCCGCUCUGCAGGGCGUGGACUGCGCAGCUGCGGCGGGGGGCCCCCGCGGCGCAGGGGGGGGCCCCCGCAGCUAGCCAGGGGGGCCCCCCGGGGGCCCCCGCGGCGCAGGGGGGGGCCCCCAGCAGCCAGGGGGGCCCCCAGGGGCCCCGGAACUACGUGGCCUGCAGCUUGUUCGAUGACGACAGCAGCCCCGUGGCCGUGCCCAGCCCCGACAGCUUCUGCGGAACUGCUCUGGACCCCGAAAGCCUCAAAUUGGAAACUUCUUUGGAGUUCGAUCCUGCUGCUGCUCUCUUCAGCGAGCUGCUGCCGCUGGCGGAGUGUGCAGGGGCUUGUGCGCGCAGCGCGGGCUGCGAGGCGUGGGUGUUUGAGUUGGGGGGCGGCUGCACGGGGCUGGCAGCAGCAGCAGCAGCAGGGGAGCAGCAGCAGCAGGGCGCUGCUGCGGG